AUGUGUUUGUCAUCGUCACUGCUCCCAACGGUCACGUUUGUGUCAGUAUUUUUCAUCAACACGCUGGCUGUGCUCUAUGGAACGACGUAUGCCAUUCCGUUUGUGACGAUCGUACAGGUGAUAUUGGUGUGGUUCUUCAUAUCGUGCCCGCUUGCCGUUCUGGGUACGAUAUUGGGUCGACGUGGUACUGCAAAGGCAGGUUUCCCGUGCCGUGUAAACAAGUUCCACCGCGAAGUACCGGAGGCGCGUUGGUAUCUACGCCCGCCGGUGCUAAUCGCUCUCACGGGUGUGCUGCCGUUUGGGUCGAUCUUCAUUGAGAUGUACUUUAUCUUUACAUCGUUCUGGAACUACAAGUUUUACUACGUGUAUGGAUUCAUGCUGCUUGUGUUCAUCAUUCUGAUGAUUGUGACGCUUUGCGUAACGAUCGUGUGCACGUAUUUUUUGCUAAAUGCUGAAAACUACCGUUGGCAUUGGACGUCUUUUGCGGCUGCGGGGAGCACUGCAAUCUACGUCUUCAUCUACGCCAUCUAUUUCUAUUUCUUCAAGACCAACAUGUCAGGAUUCUUGCAGACAUGUUUCUACUUCAGCUACAUGGGACUGUUUUGUUUUACGUUUUUCAUCAUGUGCGGUACUAUUGGAUAUUUUGGCAGCAGUGUGUUUACUAAGCGCAUUUAUCGCAACAUCAAAUGUGAAUGA